AUGUUUCUCGAUUCUUUAGUCCAUGACGAGAAGAUCACAAUUCGGUUUAAAGCUGUCGGAUCAACGCCCUCCGUAAACCCCAAGAUCUUUAAGAUAUCAUCAAGCUCGUCUGUGAGUGUAUUGAUAAAGUUUCUCUGUAAUCGGUUGAAGCUGAAAACCAUAUACGUUUACAUCUCCAAUUCGUUCCAGCCUAAUCCAGAUGAGAAUUUGGGGCAAUUGUACCAGAUGUUUGGGGUUAAUAACGAAUUGAUUAUCAAUUACUGCAAUUCAAUUGCCUUUGGAUAG